UUUCACACUUCUAUCUUUUACGUAUCAACAGUUGAGAAGAGACGUUACACUAAGUUGAACGAAAUAUUUUCUUUAUGACCACAGGCAUGGUAUGUCGAUCUGUAUUUGUUCUUUCGGGGAUUUAAAGACAGAAAUCGUUAGCUGCAGACGUGAAUACCUAAUCGUCAACAGCUUCGAAACAAAGAGGGCGUGAGUUCUUGACUACCAGCUGAUUGAGUUUUGUUUGGUGUAGACAGUUCAGGAUGACGUUACAGAACGGAGACAUUCACGAUUAUGAUACGAACUUGGCAGCAGAGUGUCUGGUUGCCAUGUCAAAUUCAUAUUUUAACGAAAACAUUACACCUCCAACGUUAGCUGGAUGCGAGGAGAUUGUUGCAACGACCACCGAAAUGCCUUCAAGUCAAGCAGAUUCUUUGUUCACGUUGGCGAGAAUUUUGACUGAUCUCGGUAAAUUUAAACAAGAUCUCAUUGACACUGACUAUAGUAGUGAUGAAAUGUGUAAAAGCAACACUUCCUAUCAACGUAGUAAUUUUAACAAUUGUGAAAAUAUUAUUUCUCGCCGAAAACGCAGUCAUCGCAACAAACCAAAAUCAACCACGCCCACUUUUGAUAUGGACGGGCAAAAAGUCGGUAAAAACGAAAAACUGAUUCGUGGAUCAGACAAAAAACUCCACAGAUGUCACUUUAAAAACUGCGAGAAAGUGUACGGCAAAAGUUCUCAUCUUAAAGCGCAUCUCAGAACUCAUACAGGUGAAAGACCGUUUCCUUGUACCUGGCCAGGCUGUGAGAAGCGGUUCGCUCGGUCAGAUGAACUAGCAAGACACAUCCGAACACACACAGGUGAGAAGAAGUUCCUGUGUCCUCUGUGUGACAAGCGGUUCAUGCGCAGCGAUCACCUCAACAAACACGCACGCCGCCACCCCGGGUUUCAGCCCGAGAUGCUCAAGAAAGGAGCUCUGCCCAAAGUGGAGGCCACCAGCGACGGACUCUCGGACCAGUUCAGUCCAGAAGCUUCACCUUGAGUUGUCAAGUCCAGUCAAUGUAUGCUGAAAAAUUUGCCCUGAGUUGAAUGGACUUGGACCCAAAUCAGAUUAGUUCAGAAUGUUUUCCAUGCUGGGAAAUUUACCCCGAGUUGAAAAUACUUGGACAUUUUCAAACCCAACAGAUUAGUCCAGAAUGUUUACCAUGCUGGGAAAUUUACCCCGAGUUGAAAGUACUUGGACGCUUUCAAACCUAACAGAUUAGUCCACAAUGUUUACCAUGCUGGGAAAUUUACCCCCGAGUUGAAAGUACUUGGACGCUUUCAAACCUAACAGAUUAGUCCACAAUGUUUACCAUGCUGGGAAAUUUACCCCCGAGUUGAAAGUACUUGGACGCUUUCAAACCCAACAGAUUAG